AUGUCACCAAAAGCGGUUAACGUUCGAGUACUUACAAUGGACUCUGAACUUGAAUUUGCCAUACAACCAAAUACAACUGGCAAGCAACUAUUCGAUCAAGUUGUGAAAACAAUUGCUCUUCGUGAAAUAUGGUUUUUUGGCCUUCAAUAUACGGAUUCAAAAGAUUUUCCAUGUUGGCUAAAAUUAAAUAAAAAAGUGUUAGGUCAAGAUAUAAAAAAGAAUUCACCGCAAACAUUAACAUUCAAAUUUCGUGCUCGUUUCUUUCCUGAAGAAGUAUCCGAAGAACUCAUUCAAGAAAUAACACAAAAAUUAUUUUUUCUUCAAGUCAAAGAAUCAAUUCUUACGGAAGAAAUCUAUUGUCCACCGGAAACAUGUGUUCUACUUGCAUCCUAUGCAAUGCAAGCUAAACAUGGUGAUUUCAAUGAUGAAAAUCACCGACCUGGAUCGUUAGUUAACGAACGUCUUUUGCCCAAACGUGUCAUGGAACAAUUUCAAUUGUCACCGGAAGAAUGGGAAAAGCGUGUUGUCAACUGGUGGAAAGAACAUCGGGGAAUGCUCAAAGAAGAAGCAAUGCUCGAAUAUCUUAAGAUUGCUCAGGAUCUUGAAAUGUAUGGUGUCAACUAUUUCGAUAUUCGUAAUAAAAAAGGUACUGAACUUUAUCUUGGUGUUGAUGCACUCGGCCUUAAUAUAUAUGAUAAACAAGACAGAUUAACACCUAAAAUUGGCUUUCCAUGGAGUGAAAUAAGAAAUAUAUCAUUCAACGAUAAAAAAUUUGUUAUCAAACCAAUGGAAAGAAAAUCACCAGAUUUCAUUUUUUAUGCACCAAGACUUCGUAUCAAUCGACGAAUAUUAUCACUUUGUAUGGGUAACCAUGAAUUAUAUAUGCGUCGUCGAAAAGCAGAUUCAAUUGAAGUACAACAAAUGAAGGCACAAGCUCAAGAAGAAAAAAUGGCUCGUCUACAAGAAAGAGAACGAAUUCAAGCUGAAAUUGAACGUCGUAAACAAGCUGAACAAGAACGUGAAGCAAUGAGAAGAAAAGUUGACGAUCUUGAACGUAGUGCAGCCGAAGCUCGACGAGCUUUGGAAGAUCAAAGUCGUAUAACGAAAGAAUUAGAAGAAAAACGAAAACAAGCAGAAGAAGCUCAAUUACGUUUGAAACAAGAACGAGAAGAAGCCGAAAGAGAACAUGAAAGAAUGAUGGAACGCGUUCGAUAUGAACAAGAAGAAAAGGAUAAAAUUGUGCAAGAAAUUGAACAAGCUCGUCGAUUAGCUGACCAAAAAGCUGUUGAAGCUCAACAAAAAGAGAAUGAAGCCCGAGAACUGGAAGAACAAUUACGUGAAGCUAAACUGAGACAUCGUCACUAUAAACGAGGACCUUCUCGUCCUUUGGUACUUCAAGCUCAACAACAUCCUAAUAAUCAUACUAAUAAUAAUCAUUAUACAGAACAUCCCGGCGAAUAUGGAAAUCCAAUGGAAGAUGAAGAAAGUGAUGAAGAAGAAAAUAAUUCAAGUCGUAAUGGACGAGGCGUGGAACUUCUUACAAAUGAAUAUGCUUCACGUCAUGAAGAAAAUCGUACUACUGCUACAACAAAAGAUCUUAAUAUGAAACGAAAACUUGAGGCUCUCAAAGACGAAUUGGGUUCUGUUCAAAAUUCCAGCAAGGAAGAACGAAAAUGUCUUCGACAGCAACAACAAAAAGCCGAGACACGCGAAGAUAAGAUCUAUCGGGAGAAUAUUUUUGAUCAAGGUAUCGAUAAAUAUCAAACACUAAAGAAGAUCCGUCAAGGAACGGUUAAACGACGUAUUGAUGAAUUCGAAGCGAUGUGA